AUGCUUACUCUGCUAAGAGCUACCGAUAGGUUAUCUGGGGCUAAUUUGAUUGGUGCUGGAAGUUUUGGGGUUGUGUACAAGGGAGUUCUUGAUGUUGAUGAUAGAGCUCAAUUGGUUGCCCCCGUAAAGGUGUUUAACUUGUUAUGCCAUGGAGCGGCAAAGUGUUUUAUAUCUGGAUGUAAGGCUUUGAGAAAUAUCAAGCAUCGAAAUCUCGUCAAGAUUAUAACUGCAUGUUCAAGUGUUGAUUCUCUUGGUAAUGAUUUCAAGGCUUUGGUUUAUGAGUACAUGGAAAAAGCAAGCUUAGAGAAGUGGCUGCAUCUACCGACUGAUAUUGAAGAAGCAAGAGAGGCACCCAAGAGUUUAAAUCUUUUGCAAAGGCUCAGCAUUGCCCUUGAUGUUGCUUGUUCUUUUGAUUAG